AGCCAGAGUUGAAACGUUAUAUAAGAAAAAAAGGACACAAAGCAGAACGCACGUAGGUCGAAAGAAAGUCCAACGCAAUAGUCAUGAAUCCUGAUAUUAGCCGUGAACGAGAAAAUGCGUCUUUUAACCUGGAGAUUCUUACUAACGUGCUGGACGGUGGAGCGGAAAAGACAAACAGGAGGAGAGAAAUAGAGUCUCUGGUUAUUGGAGAUCCAGAUUUCCAGCAUGAAGACCUGAACUUUCUCUCCCGAAGUGAGAGAUAUGAUGCAGCAGUGCGGAAGAGUGCACAGAUGAUCCUGAAACUUAGGGAAUAUGGUAUCUCUGAUCCAGAGGAGAUCUACUCCUAUAAGACCUGUGUGCACCGAGGGCGUCCAGAGCCCCUUGACCUACACUUGGGGAUGUUCCUGCCGACGUUAUUGAACCAGUCUUCACCUGCACAGCUUGAAACUUUCUUCAUGCCAGCAUGGAACUUGGAGAUUAUUGGCACCUACGCACAGACUGAGAUGGGGCACGGUACACACAUCCGUGCUCUUGAAACCACUGCUACAUAUGACCCUUCCACCCAAGAGUUUGUUUUGAACAGUCCAACGAUCUCCUCAAUUAAAUGGUGGCCAGGAGGAUUGGGUAAAACCUCAAACCAUGCUAUAGUCCUGGCUCAGCUGUACACCCAGGGCAAGUGUCAUGGCCUGCAUGCUUUCAUCACACCCAUUCGCUGUAUGAAGACACACAUGCCACUUCCAGGUGUGGUCGUUGGUGAUAUUGGGCCCAAAUUUGGUUUUGAUGAGGUGGAUAAUGGCUAUUUGAAACUGGAAAAUGUUAGAAUUCCACGAGAGAAUAUGCUUAUGAAGUAUGCCAAGGUUGAGCCGGAUGGUACAUAUGUGAAACCUCCUAGUGAUAAGCUCACAUAUGGCACCAUGGUGUUUAUUCGCUCCAUGAUAGUGGGAGAGUCAGCACGAGCUCUCUCCAAAUCCUGCACUAUUGCCAUCCGUUACAGUGCAGUCCGACACCAGUCUGAACUACGCCCAGGUGAACCUGAGCCACAGAUCUUGGAUUAUCAAACCCAGCAGUAUAAACUAUUUCCUCUUCUGGCUACUGCAUAUGCCUUCCACUUCGUGGGGCAGUACAUGAGUAAAACAUACCAUCGCAUCUCAGGAGACAUCAAUCUGGGUGACUUCAGUGAGCUUCCAGAGCUGCAUGCCUUGUCAGCUGGUUUGAAAGCUUUUACCACCUGGGCAGCAAAUACUGGCAUUGAGGUAUGUCGUAUGUCAUGUGGUGGUCAUGGCUACUCCCGCUGCAGCAGUUUACCUGACAUCUAUGUCACUUUUACGCCAACCUGCACUUAUGAGGGAGAGAAUACGGUUAUGAUGCUGCAGACAGCUAGGUAUUUGGUGAAGAGCUACAAGCAAGCACGGGCAGGACAGCAGUUGACUGGCAUUGUGUCUUACCUGAACGAAUCUCAGAGCAGGAUACAGCCCCAUUCUGUGUCUACCCGGCCUAAUGUUGUCAGUAUUAAUGACCUGGCCAGCCUUGUCGAGGCAUACAAGUUCAGAGCUGCAAAGUUAGUUGAAGUGGCAGCUAAGAACCUUCAGUUGGAGCUACAGCACAGCAAAAGCAAUGAAGAUGCCUGGAACAACAGUUCCAUUGAUCUAGUCAGAGCAUCUGAUGCCCAUUGCCAUUAUGUGGUGGUGAAGCUCUUUGCUGCUAAACUGAGUGAGAUUGGAGAUGAGGCUGUCCACUCAGUACUCAGCACUUUGGCUCUGCUUUAUGCCCUUUAUGGAGUUGCACAAAAUUCUGGGGACUUUUUAAAGGCUGGUCUGCUAAGUGUUUCUCAGCUGGAUCAGAUUUCACAGAGGCUGAAGGGUCUCCUCUUAGAGAUAAGGCCCAAUGCAGUGGCUUUGGUUGAUGCCUUUGACUACCGUGAUGAGAUGCUUAAUUCUUCUCUGGGACGAUAUGAUGGCAACGUCUAUGAGCACAUGUUUGAGUGGGCCAAGAGGUCACCUCUCAACCAUACUGAGGUCCAUGAGUCCCACAACAAGUAUUUGAAGCCACUACGAUCCAAAUUGUAAUUAGUGCAUUUAUAGAAGAAAGGGAAAAGUCUGUCUAUUAAAAAAUGUUAGAGAAGAAAAUAAUGUUUGCUUAUAUUCUAAAUGAAUGAGGUUGCAUUCUCCAUUCUAAUAAUUUAUAACAGUAAUCCAUGAUUUCUUUGUGCACAUAAAAUGAAUGAUAGUUUCAAGUGAACAAAUUUUAGUUUUGUUUCGUAAUUGUAUCGAUUCUGGUAUCAUGUAAUGUUUGCUAAUUAUUUUGAGAGAAUGUGAUGUUUCAGUAAACGUACUUCUAAUGAUUUGGACUUUGUGAAAAUGGCUCUGUACUGAAUAAAUAAAAUUUGGAUGGGUAUGGUAAGACAUACAUAUCUUUAUGAAAUCAUGCCUUAAGACCCACAUACAAGAAUGUUUUUUUUAUUAUUAAAAUAAAUAGUAGUAUAGUUCCAUUUCAGUGAUUUAUAAUUAUUAGAUAUUGUAUUGUGAACUGACCACGUUAUAUUUGUACCACUUGUCAUUUGAACUCUUAUGCUGCAUUAAUAAAUGAAUCAUUUAACAUUUACAAUGAAA